GGGCUGGGUGACCGGCCAUUGGGCUCGCCAUGGCUGCUCCCGCCCGCCGACUGUGCCAUGUUGCUUUCCAUGUGCCAGCUGGGCAGCCCCUAGCGAAGGACCUACACCGUCUUUUCGGCUUCCAGCCCCUGGCGGUGCGGGAAGCAGGUGGUUGGAAACAGCUGGCUCUGCGCAGCGGAGAUGCAGUCUUUCUAGUGAACGAGGGCUCGGGGCCAGGGGAGCCACUGUAUGGCCUGGAUUCACAUCACUCUGUGCCCAGCGCCACGAACCUGUGUUUCGAUGUGGAGGAUGUGGACGGCGCCGCCCGAGCGCUGGCGUCACGGGGCUGCAUCAUGCCGGUACCUCCCACUAGCGUGAAGGAUGCACAGGGCACAGCCAUCUACACAGUGAUAAACUCUCCGGCCGGUAAUCUAAGUUUUACGUUGCUUCAGCGUGCUGGCUAUCGCGGAUCCUUCCUGCCGGGAUUCAGACAGCUACCUUGCACACCUGACCCUGGCUGGGUCAGCCACGUGGACCACUUGACCUUGGCCUGCACCUCUGGCACCUCCCCUAUACUUAGGCGCUGGUUCCACGACUGCCUUGGGUUUUGUCACUUGCCGCUGAGCCCAGGUGAAGAUCCGGAGCUGGGCCUUGAGGUGGCUGCAGGGCCUGGACGAGGGGGACUAAGGCUUACUGCCCUGCAGAUCCCGCCUGACAGCACUGUCCCCACCCUUGUUCUGGCAGAAUCCCUACCAGGACCUACCAGCAAACAGGACCAGGUAGAGCAAUUUCUAGCCCGGCACAGGGGGCCGGGCCUGCAGCAUGUAGGACUGUACACUCCUAACGUCAUGGAAGCCUCUGAGGGGAUGAUGAAGGCGGGAGUCCAGCUCCUGACCCCUCCUGAAGCCUACUACCAGCAGCCGGGCAAAGAGGAACAAAUCAUAGCUGCAGGGCAUAAACCCAGCCUUCUAGAACGGCAGGGAAUUCUGCUAGAUGGCGAUAAAGACACAUUUUUGCUACAGGUCUUCACAAAGUCUCUCUUCCCUGAGGACACCUUCUUUCUGGAACUGAUUCAGAGACAAGGGGCCACAGGCUUUGGCCAGAACAACAUCCGGGCACUAUGGCAGUCAGUGCAAGAGGAAGCUGCCAGGGCCCAAGGAACCUAA